AUGCCAGUGCGUACGGUUAGCAGUCUGGGCGAACUUCAAAGCAAAAUAAAUUCUGCUGAUGAAAAUCACAUAUUAGUUCUCGAUUUCUACGCAGAUUGGUGUGGUCCUUGUCGGAUGAUUGCUCCAGAUUUCGAACAGUUUUCCGAUUUUUACCAAAAUGCGACGUUUAUCAAAAUCAAUGUAGAUCACCAUCGGGGUAAAUUCAUUCGUUUCAGCUUCAGAAUGUUUCUUGAAAUUACAGAUAUUUCAAGUGGUUAUCAAGUGAGAGCGAUGCCAACUUUCGUGAUUGUAAAAUCGAGAAGAGAAGUUGCUCGAAUGCAGGGGGCAGGGAGAGAGCGACUCCGUUCUUUUAUUGAUCAGUAAGCCUGUUUUCUUUCCCUUUAUUGGUCCAUUCAGGCAUUAUUCAAAUGUUCCGGUAAAUCCGUUCGCUGCAACUCCUGAAGAAAAAAAAUUCCUCGAGAAACUGGUGUCCUACACGAAGCAGGUUAAUUUCCAAAUAAGUUAAUGAAAUUUUAAAAAAAAUGGCUCCAGACCGCGUUUUAUGGUGACGUAAUUUAUCAAACUCUGGCUCGAAGCGUGAUUCCCGAGGAUAAGUUGACUGAAUUGGCUACGGUUGAUUCGCAAGUGAAUCAGUUUGCUUUGGCAAAAGGUUCAUUUUCUGAUGUAUGAAAUUUCUGAGAGUGAUAUAAUAUCGUUUCCCAAAAAAAAAUUUUCUCACUAGAUCUUCUUUUCGAUUUAUGCAGCUUCAAAGUCCUUAAUUAGGUAAAUUAAAACAAACAAAAAACCGCAAUUCCAAGCUUUUUGAAGGGUCUUGAAUUGAAAACCAGAUUUAUCGCGAGAAUUUCUGAAAAAAAGUUCCGUAAGUAGCUAAUAAGUCUAAGACAAAUCAAACAAUUUUAAAUCCGGUUCAUGAUUUCAACGAUUUCAGAGUUGUUGUCCUGGUUUAAAAACGACUUUUUCACCUGGUGUGAUUCGCCUAUUUGUUCUUGUGGGGAGCAAACGCCCAAGGAUAAAGGAAUGGAUGGUUUCCAUUUUGAUUUUUUUAUUUAUAAUUUUUUUGGCAACAAAUUUGUGUCAUGCUUCUCUCUUACUAGAGAACUACUCGGGUACGCGUUUCGAAUUGAAACUUUGGUGGCUUAUAGACCCUGGUAAAAGUACUUUUAAACAGGAAAGAUUAUCUGCUAAACGCCAUAGGCUUCUGAGAAAAAGCUUUUCGAAAAUGAAAAGUUUAGGCUUGAAAAUUAUCAAAUUUCUGCUUUUCUUCUUCUUUUGGCUGGAAAAAAAGUUUUUUAGAGUUUAUCAUAGCCGGAUCAUUCAAGAAGAUUGUAUUAAAAAUAUAAAAAGAAGGUAAAAAGCAGUAUUCUGAAAAUUUUCAGGCCUGAUUUUCACAUUUUCUACUAAUUUUUUCUCAGUUCUCUAUCGGGUUCAGCAGAUUCUCUCUCUUUUUUUGAAGACUUGGGUCUAUAAACCACUAAUCUUAUAAGAUCCGCGAUUACGUGUUCGCGUAGUUCCCUAGUAAGCUUUCAGCAUUUGGAAGUCCAAAAAUUGCCCAUCUUUCAGGUCGUCCCACGACAGAAGAACUUCGAUUAGGCGCCAAUCGUGUAGAAGUUUACGAAUGUCCAAAAUGUUCAGCGGAAGUUCGUUACCCGAGGUACAACGAUCCGGCGAAACUCCUCGAAACCAAGUUUGCACUGAAAAACAAAUGAAAAAAAACACAUUUUUUUAAUAUAGAAAAGGAAGAUGUGGAGAAUGGGCCAAUUGUUUCACUUUGAUUGCCGCCGCGAUGGGUUUUGAUGUUAGGUUUGUUGGUUUCAUCAAGACUUCAUUUUCUCGAGUUUCAUAUCUUUUUAAUUUUUGAAAUUCACUGUCUCAGGUUGAUUCUCGACACAACCGAUCAUGUUUGGACAGAACUUUGGAUCGAAGACGAAAAACGCUGGGUUCACUGUGAUCCAUGCGAGAAUAUUAUCGACUGCCCUUUGAUUUAUGAAAAGGUGUAGGGAACGUUUGCGCUUUGAAAAUUCAGAAAACUAGAUUUAGAGACUUGAAGCGUUGCGUUCGCGACGCGGCUUUUUGGCGGGGAACUCGUGGUCAAACGCAAUCAUCCUAAUAAUAAUGAGAAAAAAAUUUUGUAUUUUUUUAUUUUUUUAUACUUCUAUUCGUUCAACUACAUUUUUCCCAACCAUGAAAAUUUGAAAAUCAUUAAAAAGGAGCUCAAAAAGAAGAAAAAACUGGACCCGUCAAAAGCCGCGUCGUGUACGCAACGCUUCACCAAUAUCUGAACAAUUUGCAAAACAAAGCUUGAUAUCUCAACCUAAUACCGGUAAAUAGCUCAUUUUCUUCCAUGUGCCCGAAAGAAAAAAAAAUCCACAGGGCUGGGGCAAAAAGCUACAGUACGUCAUCGGCUACGGUAUCGAUCACAUCUAUGACGUCACGUGGCGUUAUGUGGUCGACAGUCGGAAAACUUUUGAUUUGCGACGUGACGUCAGACCUGAGACUUUUUCCUCUUUCCUAACGGUAACCACCAGCGAUGGGGAAUGAAAAGGGUGUACUUUGUUUUUAUAAAGUUUUAGAAGCUCAAUGCGCGGCAGCUCAGUAACAUUACUGCCGAGAGGAAAAAAGAGGUUAUUACGAGGCGAAUGUACGAUUUGGUUGAAAUGGUCAGUGCUGAAAGCUCGAAACGACAAGCGGAUAAUAAAGCCUACAGUGGAAGGACCACUGGUUUGUGAAAAUUAAUUUCUUGACGAAUAGAACUAUGAAUGGUUUUUUGACCACCUAAAAAAACUCUAUUUUCACUUUCAAACUUCACCGCGUUUUUUCAACAACGUUCCGCCCACUUUUCUUUCCAUAAAGUGUUGUGGGCAUGAACUGCUCGUACUGUAUGCGGCAAAGUGCAUUGCGUGCAUACACUUCGUGUGUUUAAACUUUCGUUGCGUGACGUCACCGGGUAGGACAUUCGAUAUUUUUCAACUUUUUUUUUUUGCUUUUUUUCAAGAUUUGCAUUUUUAUCGAUGAUAUUUGCACGAUAAAAAACAGUAUCAAAAAAAAAAGUUGAAAAAUAUCGAAAAAAAACUCGGAAACAAAAAAUCCGAAGAUUUCCUACCCGGUGACGUCACGCAACGAAAGUUUAAACACACAAAGCGAAUGCACGCAAUGCGCUUUGCCGCAUACAGUACUCCCCGCAAAUGUGAAACUCGCUCUUGUCGUAACACCCAUAAAACGAUUUUGGAAAAUUUCACACUAUUUGAGGACCUUCAAGAAAUUUUCCAGGAGAUGAAGCUUGGCGAAGAUCUCGUGGUGAAAUGGGCCGAAAGUUGGUUUCUGGUACUUCUGUUGUUUCUGAGAAUAGUGAACCCAUCCAGUUGAACCAACAGGAGCUCGAAGCCAAGAAAUUCAGGUAAAAUUCGAAAAAUAAAAGUUGUUUUACCUUGCCUCUCAUCCACGUAAUGCGCUUUUGAAGGCCUUUCUGAUAAAAAAAAAUCCUUUCAGACUGCAAUAUUCUUGUAUCAAAGAUGAAUACGAAAGGGUUGGCACUCAUAAAACUACACUUGGAUACUCGACCUUAGCGACUUCAGUGAAAAAUAUCGCCAGAAAAGUGGAGAGCGAUUGGAAAAAAAGCUAUUUGUGUCGAUCCGAUGGCGCUCAAGAGGGAGAGGUAGGAAAUAAUCAGAAACAAAAAUCUCACAACAGAUCACUUGGUCAGUUGAUCUGCGCGAGGUCAAAGAGAUCAAAUCGAUCAGAUUGAAAUUUGACGGGAUUUCUCAAUUUGAAUCGGGAAAAGUUAUCGUCGUCGUUUGUGUUGCUGAUGUGAGUUUCGAAAUAAAGUAGUAAAUUUUGAGGCGCAUCAUACAAAAGAGAAAUAUUUUGACAAGAAAGGGGAAGAGGCCUUUAAAAGAUUUGAAAAGUAUAAUUAAAGUUAAGUCGAAAAUUAUCAAAAAAAAAUGUACUAAAAUUUAACUGUAAGAUAUUUUUUUGUGUUUUUCCUGAAAUGAGAGAUUUCUCAGUUUGCAUUCUUCGGAAUUCUAGAGGGGUCCAUGUAGGGGUUGGGGAAAAAAACAGGCGCCGCUAUUUCUAGACCAGGGGCGUGGCUUGCCUCACCGUAAUUUUUGUGCAGUGGCGCGCACAUGCUUACUUUUCCUCAGUCAUUUUUCUUUAUAUUUCUUCAUUUUUCAUUUUUCUUAUUCAUAUUUCUUUUUAAGUAUUCCCAUUUGAUUUCAAUAUAACUCCUUCUAUUAUCUAAUUAAAUUUUUUUAAUUUUUUUGAAUACAUGGUUCUUCUGUCUUUAGUAUCGUAGACGAAUUUCUUGAGGCCGAAAAAUCGUUUUUAGUUUUAAAUGAGUGUACGCCAUUGCGAAUAAUUUCAUUUUCGGGGUUCUUCUACUUUUCCCAUAAAGAUUUUUCGAGCCAUAAAAAGUGAGCUCUUUAUUUCGAUGAAAAAAAUCUCCUAUUUUUGAUAAGUUCAGGCCCUUUUUUUCUAGUUUCUUUUUGAACACUUUGCGAAUGUGUCCAAAGUCCACAGGAAGAGGACUCCAACUAUUUGAUGAAAUCUACAUCGUCGACGACUACUUCUUUGGUCGAAUUAAAAAGUUUUAUAGUUUAUUUGCUUUUUAUUAUCUCCGCGAAGCAUACACCGCUGUGGGAAGUGUAGCUACCGCAUGUAAAGAUUUAAAAGCCUAAAUUCAUUUUCAGAAGGAAAGCAGAUAUGAUGAUUUUGCAGUUAACACGAUCUAUUUUUGAGAUUUGUGUCACGACGGCUUCAUUUUUCCUGGAUUUGAACGAAUAACUUCGGUCCUCUGGUCAUGCGCGUCAUUUACCUUCAUCUCCAUGCAAAAUCUUGACGCUGUUAAGCGAUUCUAUCUGAAUUAAAGAAAAUUCCUAUUAAAUAUUAUGUUCAAGAUACACAAAAGAUAACUGGCUAUUCGGGUGUGAUAUAAAACCUAGUUCGGGAGCGGUACAUCGACAAUCACGCAAAUAUUUAAAUAUCGUCUCCGCGCGGAUCUCGCAUUUAUCUCGCUUUUUUUAACGAACUAGUAAAUAUUUGAAUAUUUUUCAAAUCGCGAUGUUGCGCCAAGAUAAAUGCGAGGCCGCUUCUAAAAAAAUGCGAGACCCGCGCGAAGACAUAGCGACAUGUUUACGAAUUCGUCAAUGUACCGCCAGCGAGCUCGGCAGUUCUUCUCAGUGUACCUCCAAAUGUUUAAUAGAGCACAGUCAAAUUGAAUAAAAAAGUAAUUGGUGCAGUUUUUCAGUGUUUUUUUAGGCCUUGCGAGAUUUAUGCCUCUUCAAAGUUUUUCGAGUUCUACUUGACAAUCCUUUACUGCGUUAUAAUUCGAGAAAUUUCGCAUAUACCCUAAACUUUUGACGCGUCUUGUUUUUUUUUCGGUUUUAUUGGGUCGCGUUGCCAUAUAGAUUCGAGUUCGUCCGAGAUUUUUCGCACGGUAAGUUCUUUCCGUACACUCAAAAGUCUUACGCUGGUAGAAUAUUCUUAACUCAUUUCUAAAGUAUGGAAUUGCGCAACUUAUUUGGAUUCCUAUGCUUAUUACGCGCAGUGUAUAAUAAUUUGAAGAAUCCAAAAAAAAAGUGAUUAAAAUAGCUGAAUUUUUGAAUUUGUUCGUCAAUUUUCUCUCCACCAACAAUUAGAAAACUAAUAAUUGUGAAGCAAUGAAUAAAUGCUGCUCCACAUUUUUUGCAGAAUGAUUUCAAAGAAAGUACUUGAGAAGAACCAUAUCUUCGAAAAUUAAGAAAUAGAAGGAGUUAUAUUGAAAUCAAAGGGGAAUACUUAAAAGAAAUAUGAAAAAGAAAAUGAAAAAAAAAAUGAGUAUAAAGGAAAUGACUGAGGAAAAGUAGGUAUGUGCGCGCCACCGCACAAGGUUACGGUGAGGCAAGCCACGCCCCUGGUCUAGAAAUAGCGGCGCCUGGGAAAAACAGCCCCUAUAGGGGUAAAAGGCGGUUCCCAUAGGGGUAUAAUUUAGGUAGCCCCUAUAGAAGUUUUGGUCUUACCUCUUGGCCCCUAAAUCUGAAGCGGACCCAUUAGGGUCCCUUAAUCUCAUUCAAAAAAACGUAAAUUAGAAGACUAAGAUCUUUCGAAACCCAUUUUUUUUUUCGUCGGCAUUUUUUUUUUUGAAUUACUCAUGUAUGCCCGCGGGAUUGAAAAUCAUGAAAUCAAGCGUUUCAAAAAUCUUUUCACCGAUUUUAGAGCUGUACAAAAGUGCCGAAAAGUGGAGAGCUCACCUUGGAAGAAAUCAAGCCGGAUGUCGUGAAGAUUACGGUGAGCUUUGGCGCACGCUUCUAAAGUCCAUCCGCCGCGACUUGACAGUUUUCAAGUGUCUGAGUCUCUCUGUUCCCUCACCUUCGAGGUCACAGAAACGCGAAAAUAGCGCGUCAACAAGAGAGAGUCGUCGAGAGACGAGGAGGGCGCAGAUAAGUCCCGCCUUUUUAAGUCGCGAAAAACGGACUACAGUGUCUUUGUAUACACACUUUGAAACUGAAUAUGUGAUAUUUUCCAGGCCAAGCUUCUCGGUGGCGACGGCAAUAACGCCUUCCAACAUGCUCAAUUGUUCCGAUGCGAUUCCGAUGCAUUGAAUGAUUAUCAGUUUGUCCUCGAUAUUGACUUCAAUUAA